AUGGCCCCGACCGAGGUAUUGGCGGAGCAGCAUUUCAGGACGGUGCGAGGGUUGUUGAACGAAUUCGAGAACCCGGUACAGCAAGAUAACGUGAUUACGGUUUACCUGCCCAAUAUGCGCCGUCCCUUUACCGCGGGACUGCUUACGGGCAGCACACGCGCGCGAGUUCGGAAAGAAGUUUUGCGGAUGGCUUCUGAGGGGCACAUGGAUCUGUUGGUGGGAACGCACGCGCUGAUCCAGGAAGGUGUGGAAAUUCCUAAUCUGGCGCUUGCGAUAAUGGACGAACAGCAUCGAUUUGGCGUCGCGCAGAGAUCGACGCUGCGCAAUCAGGGAGAGGAACAACCGCAUUCGCUGAUGAUGUCAGCAACUCCCAUCCCGCGGACGUUGCAACUCACCCUCUAUGGGGACCUGGAUGUGUCGCUGAUAGAAGAACUGCCGCCGGGCCGUCAGGAGAUUCUGACCAGAAUCGUGCCGGAGGAUAAACGUCAGGCGGCAUAUUCAUUCGUUCGGCAGCAGGUCGCGGCCGGCAGACAGGCUUUUAUCAUCUGCCCGCUGGUGGAAGAAUCCGAUAAACUGGACGUGAAGGCGGCGGUGGACGAGCACAAACGGUUGUCGGGUGAAGUAUUUGCAGACCUGCGGGUGGGAUUGUUGCACGGAAGAAUGCCGGGACGCGAAAAGGACCGUGUGAUGAGACAGUUUCGCGAUGCAGACCUGGACAUUCUGGUCGCAACGGCAGUGGUGGAAGUGGGGAUAGAUCUGCAUCAAUUUCGGGGUCGCGUUGGGCGCGGGGAAUACAAAAGUUACUGCCUGCUGAUGUCGGAGUCCGAAUCGGAACGGGCAUUGGAGCGGCUGGCAGCUUUGGAAUCAACGCGGGACGGUUUCCAGUUGGCACAGAUCGAUUUGCAGAUACGCCAUGAAGGAGAUAUCUUCGGCACAUCUCAAAGCGGCGAACAAACGGCCCUGCGCAUCGCCAAUCUAUUUGACCAGGAUCUGAUGGCGCUGGCCAGAAGAGAAGCCGCCAAUAUCAUGGAGGCCGACCCGGAACUAACCGAUCCCAGGCAUGCUGGCGUUGCCGAGGAACGGGACCGGUUCCUGACCCGCGCUGAGCAGCAUAUCGGGGAUUAG